AUGCAAAGUACUUGUUAUUAUUUCCGUGAAGAUAUUAGCAGAGAUAUAUCAGCUACAAUGGAGGAUAAAAGUGAGUUGAAAGAAGAGAUUAAGGGAUGGAGAAAAGCUAUAAACAGUAUUGGGAUUUGGCUGGCAAACAAGAACAAAGAUGAAUGGUUGAAGGACAUGAGGGGAAAUCUGAGUUUGGCUGCUACCAUAAUCACAACCAUGACCUUUCAAACUGCUAUUAAUCCACCAGGUGGUGUUAGACCCGCUACAGAUAGUGGACAUGUGAAAUGUCCAGAUAUGUUGGAUGUUACGAAUCCAUGUCCUGGUGAAGCUGUUCUAGCUGUAGUUUUCCCAGAUGAUUAUGUCAAAUUCCUUCUGUGGAACACUAUAUGCUUCGUUUCAUCCUUAGCAGUGUGUCUCUUGCUCGUGAGUGGGUUUCCUCUGAAUCACAGAUUUUUCACGUGGCUUCUGUCAAUAGGCAUGUGCAUCACCAUGACCAGCCUCACUUUUACCUACAUGGUUGGAGCAGACAUGGUCACACCUUAUCCCGUUUGGAGUACAACCAAUACCAUGUUUAAUAAAGUCAUUUACAUUUGGAUUUCACUCCUGGGACUCGUCACACUUGUCCUUAUUCUGCGUCUAUUUGUUUGGAUUUUCACUAAAUGCAUUGAUAAAGGAAAAUCAUGA